CUUCGAACGAUGGAGUCUUUCAUGCCGUGCCCCAAUGCCUCGUGCGUAGGUGGUCACUUCCACGAAGCGGGCGUGGCAGAGCCGAUCUUCACCUGCGAAGUGUGCAAAUCGAAGUAUUGCGUAGCUUGCAAUGCGCCCUGGCACAAGGAUAUGACUUGCAAGGAGUUCGCCCGUAAAAGAGUAGUCGACGAGAAGAAGAAAGUACAGGAAGCAAAGAAACGCUCUCGAUGCUACCACCAGUUUUGCUGGGUCUGCUUGUGGAGCUGGACCCGCAUCGUCCAGCAUGACAACCAUUUCCACGAACCUCUUUGCAAGCAGUACCGACCGCGUCGUGACCUCCAGCUUCCGCCCAUAGUCACCGAUCCGCCUGUAGUCACCGACUGA